GGGCCUUAUCCACAGUAACCCCCUUGAUCACGCCAUCCUUGGUCAGCACCACAGGGCUCGGGUCGGGGGUCCUGUUUGCACCCUGACCGGCCGUCUUGUCCUUGGUUUCCUGGGUGGGGGAGAGCACCUCUGGGUGUCCCCGCUCCUUCCGGGAGUUUACCUCAAAGUCUCGGUCGAUGAUGAACGGCUCGUCUCUCACCAGCAGCCCCGGGGAGAGUCUUCUCAGGAAGCUGACAAGGUCGAUGUCAUCAUCAUUUUUCGUCGCCUCUCCAGAGGACAAAGCCACACUCAGCGAGCACAGCAGCAGCGCACGCAGCCAGCUCUCCAUACCGAGGCAGAAAACACUCAGAGUUCCCCCGGAGCCACACAGAAAAGCUGCAGUCCCCCCUUAAGCCCGAAGCCUCAAGCUUUCUCUGUGUGCUCUUGUGACUCCAAUUUGGCCAACGCUGGCGUCCAGAGUCACCAGACAAAAGCUGCCUUGUGUGCGGCCUGUGGGGCUGGGAGCCGUCCAGCAGCCAGACUCAUGACAGCUGGUUGUGGCCCCUGUGAUGGCGGCCCACUAAUAGAGGACAAGUCGCCUUUCCUUUGCCUAAUUGAAUCAUGGAUGUACCCGAGUCACACACGUCCACGUUUGGCUGCAGCACCGGCAUUCUUUUCAUCCGGCGUUUGCUUUCAAGAGGGGACGGUUCAUAUUCAAGUCAGCGGUCAUCAUUUUGACAAAUUUUACCGAGUAAAUUCCAGCUGAGUCGAGUGUGAUGCCGCGUGCAGCGCACACCUGUCCCUCAUAAUGAGUCUGUCACAGCCAGCCCGUCCUCGGCUUUAGUAAACACACAACCAUGAUUCCCAUUGCUGAGAUUAAAAAGAAAAUGAGCUGCGUUGCCUUUUCCUUCAUCUUCUUCAUCCUCGUGCCCUGCUCCUUACCUCCCGGAAGUUGCGAUGAUUUUUCCUUCUCCAUAUGUUGGAUGACCAGAGGCGACACUUUUGAAAGGGCGGAUGGAAACAUUUGGCUGAACGACGUCGCGCUGAAAGCGGUCAGGAGUUUGGCUGAAUUCACCUCCUUGACUGUGUCUCCGACUGUGGAGAACAAACUCUCACUGCAGUAUGAAGGCUCGGUCCACAAAUGGGCUUUCUCUAUUACCCCGAGUGCAAGCUCCAUUGAAGUCAGAGGCCUGCAGAAGCCACAAGAGCAUCCGUCCAGUGCCACUCGGGAAACCCUGCAGCAGCUGAGUGCCACCGAGGUGUUUGCGUGUGAAAACGGCACGUUAUUCUUCCACCAGGAUGAAAACUUCAUCCUAGCCAUUGGCCACACGCUGCGUCUCCCCGUCGGCCUGGAGUCCAGGGGUCCCUCGAUGCUGCUGGUCUCCUGGAUGGAGAGCCGUCCGGCCGCUGCAGAUGCCGGCGACACACACUCCGUGUCCCUCUACCUCACUGAGCUGGGCGCCUACACCGCCGUCAGCAGGAACGCCACCGCCCUCGACCACUACCUCUUCAGCGGCCUUGGGUCCUGCAGCCCCUACCUGGCCUGUGUGGAGCUGGCAGGCACCCAGUCGCUCACCUGCCUCUCCACCGUCACAGACCCGGACGAGCCGGGACUCUUCCAGGUGACGUCGUGGAACAGCAGCAGCAUCACGGUGGCCUGGGACUCGCCCGACAGCCGCCAGUUCUCCGUCUUCCUCCUCACCGCCUUCUACCUCGACGGCACCGACCACGUCACCCAGGAGCUCCCGUUCUGGCAGCGGGGCGACAGGUCGGCGUUCACCCUGUCUGACCUGGCGCCCUGCAGCAGAGUGAAGCUCGGCCUGCAGACGGUGUGCCAGGCAGGGCCGGAGACCCGCCACAGCAAGAUGGUGCUGAUCGACGGAAACUCCGAGCACUCCAACAUCGACGGCCUGCGACAGACGUCGUCCGGCCCCGACAGCUACACGCUGAGCUGGGAUGGGAGGAACACCUCGUCCAUCUCCAUGUUCAGAGUCUACCACGAGGGGGCGCUGCAGGCCUCCACACUCAUCACCAACCACACGGUGGGGGGGCUGCAGCCGUGUCAGCCGUACCUGGCCAGGGUGGAGGCGCUGUGCGGAGAGGGCGUCGUCAUGAGCACCAAGACGGUCGCCGCACACACAGGACCUCGAGGUGUGUCCGACCUCACUUAUCGCCCCAACAACUCCACCGCCAUGUGGACCCCCGGCACCCCUCACCGGGCCACCGUCACCUUCCUGUACAACCUCACUUUGGAGAACGGGACCGCCGUCCGGAGCAGCCGCGUGUCCGAGCCCGAGCUGCGUCUGCCGGGCUUGGCGGACGGAGAGACCUACCUCCUCGACGUGCGGGAGGAGUGUGGCGGCCGGUGGAAGUCGAGCCCCUCCCUGCUGAGUUUUGACGCCGUUGAUGUGACCUCAGAGCGCCUCGUGCUGCCGGUCGGACCCGACAGUGACCUGGAGCUGCAGUCUGACUUCAGCCCGGACUUGGUGAUGGUCGUGCCGUGGCUGUUCACCGGCGAGCUGCAGGACACCACGUCAGAGCCCAGAGUCCAGAUGGAGAAGGUUAUCAAAAAUAAGGUGCAGCAGAUGUUGGGAGGUUUCCACCGAGCAGCCCGGGUUCAGCUCGGCGCCGUUCAGCCUUUAGACGAAGACGGAAGAACCCAAAUUGUCCUGAAGUCUUUUGAUGCCUCCGUGACGGACGCGGACGUGCCGCUUCCUGUCGCAGAUCAGCUGGACCACAUUCAGUCGCUGCAGCUGCCCAACAUCACCGUCUCACACGGGGUCGUCUCCUGGGACGGUCCAGAUGAGUGUGCUUCCUCCAAGCAGAGUGUGUGUCCCUCUGAUUCUCUGUGCAUCAACACUCUGGGCUCCUACAUGUGUGUGUGUCGCCAUGGUUACUACGAUGUGGCGUCCGCCAUCGUGCCGUCUGUCGCCUCACCUCCAGUCUGCAGCAAGAAAGGGCUUUUCAGCCGCUGUCAGGACAAGAUGAUCUCAGGCGGCGUAGCAAAGGCCUACCUGGUGUCUCUCUUGGGGGGGAAGGUGGACGUCGAGCUGAAUGACGGGCGCUGCGUCGUGAACGAGAGCGAGACCUCCUACUACUUCAACACCUCGCGCAAAACCUCCGAGUGUGGAACCAGGAGGCUGGUGAACAAAACACACAUUGAGUACCAAAACACUCUGAGUGUGACCUUGAGCAAAGAGCACGUCAUCUCCCGCCGGGACCUGCAGGUCGUCUGGAAGUGCGUCUACCCGCGAAACUACGUCCGCAACGCUCAAGUCAGUGUGGAUUUGGAGUGGAUCUCCUCUCUCUCCCUGGUGGAGUUCAACUCGUCCCUGGAGCUCGGCCCGGCCUUGGCCCUGUACAGCGACGAGUCCUACACCCACAGCUACCGGGACGCCGUGGCCUUGGCCCUCGAGGACACGCUGUUCUUCCAGGUGGCUCUGCGGGCCAACAGCUCCUUUAUCGCAGACGUUGUCCUGCAGGUGGCGUCGUGCUGGGCCACAGAGAGCCCCGACCCACAGGACCGAGUCCAGGGCCUGUUCCUCCAGGACGGCUGCCCUCUUGACGACACCUUCCAGUGGCGCUCGGCGAACGGCGCGAGACAGGAAAGCAGAUUCUCCAUUCGGAUGUUCACCAUGCCCAAAGGCCUACCCCUCUACUUCCACUGCCUGGCCCAGAUAUGCGGGCACGCCGAGGACUGCACCACGAACUGCAGCAGCCGGCAGCUCAGCAGGCGGUCGCUGAGCAAACGGGACGUUCAUGGUAAACGAGCCGUCGUCGUGUCCGCCGGACCGCUGCUGGUCGCCGGGGAGGCCGAGUCGGGAGUCUGGCCGUCCGACUGGACUGAUCACAUGACCAUGAUCUCCGUGGUGGCUGGAUCAAUAGGCGUUUUGGCGAUCACGCUGCUCGGCGUGAGCGCAACGAAAGCCAUCAUGAGCUACUACGAGCAGCUACGGCUGCAAUAAAACGCUCGAUACACCACCUCUGUCUGCAGCGAG